AUGAACAGGGAUGCAGAUGAAUUGAUCGAGAGAGUAAGAGGCGUGUACUUGCAGGCUGAUUUAAUUUGUGGUUUGCCUUACUACAUGGUAAUUUUGGAAAUGGCAUCUUCCAUAGAAGGAUCAUGUCGCAUACAGGGUGCCAGUGCUAUUGCGAAAGGUUUCCAGACUAAUGCUGGAAAAAGGAAGUUUAAUAAGCUCUUGCUAGAGCAGGUAGAAUGUCAGUGGGAUGUUACCAGGAGGCAUGUGCGCAACGCUGACAUCGGCUCCUGGCCGCGCUCCCUCCGCACCAGCUCGCUGCUCCCGGCAGCCCUUCAUGUUGCAAGAAGUGCUGCCAAGCUCCUGGAGAAGAGUCCGUUCUCUGUCGGCGCCCCGAGCCCCCUGCUCCCCUCGCCGGCGAGCCUGCAGCUGGCGCAGCUCCAGGCGCAGCUCACGCUCCACAGGCUGAAGUUGGCUCAGACCGCCGUCACCAACAACCCGGCCGCUGCCACUGUCCUCAACCAGGUGCUCUCCAAAGUGGCCAUGUCCCAGCCACUCUUCAACCAGCUGAGGCACCCCACGGUGAUGAGCGCCCCGCAGGGCCACGCCGCAGGCCCGCCCCAGGGGCCUGGCAUUGCCGGCACGAGGUUCCCCUCUGGCAGCAUUGCCUUUCCUGCCCAGAGCCCGGCCUUAGCCACCCCGGGGGGAGGGCUGGGAGCCGUGCAGGCCCAGGCCCCCAACGCAAUUGUCAUGAAUCCCUUUGGAAGUGUCAUGGCUCCGACCUCCGGCCAGGUGGUGGGUCUCAACAAAGCAGGUGCUUCCACAUCUACUGCUGCAGGGGGCUUUUAUGAGUACAAGCAAAACAUCACUGCAGCCUCUCAGGCAUUCUCCUCGGAGGGGGAGCAGUCCAGCCAGCACGGCUUCCUUGCUGGUGGCACCCACGCUGCCACCUCAGCAGCAGGGCCGCGCUACGAGAGUCACUUUGGGGCUCCUGGCCAGCUGCAGCACGAGGCGGCGGCGACAUUUCCCAAGGAGUCCUUCGGGGCGGCAGCACAGCAUGGGGCAGCACGGGCCUUCCCCAGCGACCCACACACGGGCUCCCAUCCGAAAGGAGAUCCUGGCCCUGUCUUGCAUGGCAGCAGUACAAGCAACCAGUGGGAAAAUAUCCCUAAUUUCCCCAGCCAAAACAAGCCUGACCUCAUGCCCGGAGACAGCCUGUGGCCGUCAGCGAGUCAGCAGCAGUAUGAAAUAAGAAACGAGCUGUACAACCCCGAAGAGCCGACACCUGACACAAAGUUCAGCACGGCCGCCCCCCCCGCCUUCGGCCGCCUCAACCACAGCGCGCAGAGCUUCGGCAGCCCUCGCAUGAGGCAGAAGGAGGAGCGCAGUGGCGGCACGCCCGAACUGCCCACCCGCCCCCUGCCACCACACCAGCUUGGCGACCUCCGCGGCGUGGCCCCUCUCCACUUCCCCCACAUCUGCACCCUGUGCGACAAGAAGAUCUUCGAUCUGAAGGACUGGGAUCAGCACAUUAAAGGAAGUCUUCACAUCCAAAAAUGUAUGGCUUUUUCAGAUAACACUGGUAUCCGGUGUGUGUUAAGCUCAGCAGAUGGAACAUUGCAUUUAUCACCAAAUAAUGCAGCAGUUUUCAAUCCAUCUAGUAUUGAAGAUUAUCCACCAAAUGUUGGUGCAUCUUUUAUCACUACACCAGCAAGACCCUUUGGCCAGCCUACAUUUCCUUCUCCUCCAUCCGGGUUUCCCCAGAGGAAAUCUACACUGGGUCGAGUUGUUCACAUUUGCAACCUCCCCGAGGGAAGCUGCACAGAGAAUGAUGUCAUUAACCUGGGCCUCCCAUUUGGAAAGGUCACCAACUAUAUCCUCAUGAAAUCUACUAAUCAGGCCUUUCUGGAAAUGGCUUACAGUGAAGCAGCCCAGGCCAUGGUACAGUACUACAAAGAAAAACCUGCUAUGAUAAAUGAUGACAAGUUACUUAUUAGGAUGUCUAAAAGAUACAAGGAAUUGCAGCUGAAGAAACCAGGUAAGAAUGUGGCUGCUAUAAUCCAGGACAUCCACUCACAGAGGGAGAGGGACCUGCUGCGUGAAGUGGACAGCAGGUAUGGCGCUGAGAGGCCCCGCUCCCGCAGCCCCAUCAGCCGCUCACUGUCACCUCGAUCCCACACGCCCAGCUUCACUUCCUGCAGUUCACCACACAGCCCGCUGGGGACCAGCAGGACCGACUGGGGAAAUGGGAGAGAGGCGUGGGAUCAGUCCCCCUACUCUCGACGGGACGAGGAAAGAGAUAGCAGAGAAUGGCGAGAGAAUGGGGAGGAGAAGAGGGACAGGACUGACACGUGGGUACACGAGAGGAAACAUUAUUCCCGACAACUGGACAAGUUUGAUUUGGAUGAACGGCUUGAAGGAGGCAGAGGACACAGAGAAAAAUACUUAAGGACUGGUUCCCCUGGGUCCCUUCACCCUUUAUCUGGGUACAAGAACAGGGAAGAUGACUAUUACCGAAAAUCCUCUAAGUCAAAAUCUGACAAGUUUCAGAGGCAACUGCAGGAUUUACCUGGGAGAUCUAAGAGAAAGGAAGAGGCAAAGUUAAGGGAACGCAGGCAUUCUUACAGCGAGGACACUGCCAAGGAGGAGGCAGCUGAACAGAAGCACAGCAAAGCAUCUGAGGGCUCCAGGCAAAAACAAAAUGAAAAGAAUAAGGUGAAGAAAGCUGAAAAAGACCAAGAAGAUGCUACUGCUGAAGACAGUGAUGUGAAGGAAACCAAACCUCCUGAGAACGAGCUUGAAAAAGAGGAGCAAGUUCCAGUGAAGAGCUCACCUUCAGAUAAUAAACAAGGAAAAGAAUCUGGAGAGAUUCUGGAAAACACAAGGAAAGAGAAGGACCGAGACUGGGAGAGUGGAAGUGAAAUUGAAGGUGAGACCUGGUAUCCUGCUAACAUGGAGGAAUUAGUGACAGUAGAUGAAGUGGGAGAAGAUGAUUUAAUUAUGGAGCCUGAUAUCACUGAGCUUGAAGAAAUAGUCCCAGUUGAUCAAAAAAAUAAAGCUGCUUCAGAAAUGUGUCACUGUAUAUCAACCGUGUUAGAACUGAAAAACAAUCACAGCCACUUAACCAGGAGUGAAGACAAAUUUGCCCAUAAAGCUUUAGAAACAAACUUCAGAACAGCAAAAGGCAGUGCACCUUCUAGUGGCUGUCAGGAAGAUGAUGAGGAUGAUGAUAAUGAUGAUGCUGUAACUGAAGCAUCAAGCCUAAAUCUGGACCCUGAACAGAAGCCAGAGGAAUUGAAAGAAGACCAAUCUGCUAAGGAUUCUGAUUGCCAGCAGAAGGAAGGAAAAAUUGAUAAGAGCUCUAACACUCAUUUAGAGCCUGAAGAUCACAAUAUACCUUCUGUUCAUCUGAAAGAAGAGAGUCUCCAGCUCCCUGAUACAUUUAUAGAUGAUUACAAACAGAUGGGAUCACAAGGAGCUGAGAGCAGAGAAGUUACGGAAACGCUCAUUAAAAACGCUACUGAAGAAACAAGACAUGGAAGCCAAGAGUGUCCAGAGGCCAAGGCAAAUUCUAGGUACUUGGAAAUGAGAUCUCUGGAAUACCCGGAGGUAGAGUCUAAACAAAGGCCCUCUGCAGCAGGCUGGGAACAAGAGGACGUCUUCACCGAGCUCAGCAUUCCCCUGGGCGUGGAAUUUGUGGUGCCUAGAACUGGGUUUUACUGCAAGCUCUGUGGACUCUUCUAUACAAAUGAAGAAACAGCAAAGACAAGUCACUGCAGGAGUACUGUUCACUACAAAAAUCUCCAGAAGUACCUAUCCCAGCUUGCAGAAGAGAGCCUGAAAAUGAAGGAAGAAGGCAGCCCUCUGGCUCAGGAUGACACUGGCAUUGUUCCUCACUUUGCAAAGAAAAAAUUAUGAUGCAGAUGAACUGAAAGAGCUGUAAUGAGUGAAUGCUGAUACUUUUUUUUUUAAUUUUUAAUUUCUAUGAUAUAACUGUCAAUUUGCACUGUACAGAGGAGGGGAAAUAAAGAGCAUGUUCCAUGCAUCUAUGCCCAGAGUGCCAUUAAAAACCAAAAUGCCUGAAACUGUUUCCCACGGUGAAGCAAUGCUGGCAUAUCUGUUAGAAGUGGAGCAAUUCUUUCUCACACUCUGCGUACUGGGAGUGGUUUCCUAGAUUAAAUCAGAAUUCUCAGGGAUUCUUAAAGUUUUAGUUCUGAUGUAACACGUCAGGUCAGGGGGAGUACUUAGAAGCACUCAGCAUCCUCCAGUGGAUGCUGGAAGGAAAGGAGAUGUGACUAUUUAUAGACUUUAAUGUUGCUUAAAAUAUCUUCAGCCAUUUCACACAUUGCCCCAGUGAGAAGUAGGAUUUGCAUAGGAUAUCUAAAGCCAUUUUGC